GUAUAAAAGCCAGUGUCUGCCAGGACACAGCAUCACAUCCUCUCUUCCCCUCUCUCAAGUCAGCUCAGCAGAAGCUAACCCAAGCCACCAUGUUCAAGCUGGUCGCAUUCUUCGCCAUCGUGGCUGUGGCUGCCGCCAAGCCGGGAGUGAUCGCCCCCGUGGUGCACUCCGUGCCCGUGGUCCACGCCGUGCACGCUGCCCCCGUGGCCGUGUCCCACUCCAGCAUCGUGCAGAGCCACUCUGCACCCGUCGUUAAGGCUGUGCCCGUCGUCCACGCUGCUCCCAUCGUCAGGACCGUCCCCGUGGUCCACGCCGCCCCCGUCGUCCACUCCUCCGUGCCCGUCGUCCACGCUGCUCCCAUCGUCAGGACCGUCCCCGUCGUCCACGCCGCCCCCGUCGUCCACACCGUCCACGCCGCUCCUGUCGUCCAUUCCGUCCACGCCGUGCACGCCGCCCCUGUCCUCGUCCAUUAAGCCCAGCCCCCUGUUCCAAGCCCCCACCCCAUCCUGCAAUAUUUAUUUCCUUUUCCCCCCAAACCCCUGCUCAGUACCUGGAAGUGACAGACCCACUAAAAAUAAAUAAAACGAUGGAAAUUUUCCGAUAAAAA